AUGAUUCGCCCACAUUCAGAAAAUUUCCACUACAGUCGCGAUGAUUUUGACCAGAUGAAAUCGACUCUGGAGAGCCUGAAGCGGCUUGGCGCUGACGGAUUUGUCUUCGGAAUUCUCAUGCAUCCCGAGGCCCGUACCCAAGACACAGCCGCGUGGGUUGACAUCGAACGGAACAAAGAACUCGUGGCACUAGCUGAUGGGCGCCCCUGCACUUUUCAUCGCGCCUUUGAUUGUAUCCCUGAGCAGCAUUGGGAUACCGCCUUGGCCGCUGUGGAAGAGUGCGGAUUUCGCUCCAUUCUGACGAGCGGCGGCCCCUCUGGGAGUAAGGCGACCGACUGCAUUGACAAGUUGUCGAGCCUCCACCAAGGUUUCCUUGGCGGUAUUCAGACCCAUCAGGCCCAUCAGGCCCUCGAUAUUAUCAUCGGCGGCGGUGUAAGAUCAACGAAUAUUCAAUCCUUGUGGGAACAAACCCCGGCGCAAACAUUUCACUCGAGCGCUCUACUCCCCGGGAGUGAGGAGGUUUCGGAGGAAGAAGUGACCAGACUGAAAGAGGCUUUGAAAAACUGUGCGUUGUUACAAGAAGGAGGUCCUCAGUGUCUUCGGUAA